AUGUCAACAAAGCGUGGAAAGGGAGCCAUUCUUCAAUGGUGUCAAAAAGUUACCCAAGAUCGUGGUAUUGAAAUUAAGAACUUUACCACUUCCUUUGCUGAUGGUUUGGCAUUUGCUGCCAUCAUUGAUAGUCAACGUCCAGAGCUCUUGCAAAACAUGGGUCUCACCUUCAAGACCAUUCAAGAUGAUUUUGGUCGUAUCGAAAGACUUCAAUGGGCUUUCGAUCAAGCAGAACAAUUAGGUAUUCCACGUUUGUUAGAUCCAGAAGAUGUCAAUGAAGAAAAACCCGAUGAACGAUCCAUUGUCACUUAUUUGUCAGCUGUCUAUAAAUUCUUCAAAGAAGGACAAUCGAGUGGAGAAGGUGCACAACAAGGAGCAGCCUCCACUGAAGGAGGAGCUUCUGAAGAACAACCUGCCUCUCAAGAACAACCAGAAAGUACAGAGAAUCAAGCACCACAAGAAGAACAACCAGUACCAGCAGAAGCAUCCACUGUCACUGAAGAACCAUCGGUCACUCUUCCAACUGUGACAGAAAAUGAAUUGACUGAACAAGACAAACAAUUAUUGCAACAAAAUUUAGAAUCUGCUUCUUCCAACAAUGAAGUGGUUUUGGAAGUAACUGCAGCCAUCAAUUCCUCUGUCGGAGGAGAUGCUUCGAAUUUGUCAGAAUCUGCAGCUCCUGAACUUUCCACAACUGCAACUGCAGGAGGUGAAGAACAAUCACUCUCUGAAACAAAUACUGAAGAUAAUAAGGAAGUCGUAACUUCACUGACUUCUAGAAAUGAUGAAGAUGAAACUGCAAUUUCAACUUCACACAGAGACAGAUCCUAUGUUGCAGCUGAGAGUAGUCCAGUUUCAACUUCCAGUAGUCGUGCAAUGACUCCAUUCGAGUCACGUGUUGAAAAUAAUUCGAGAGAUGUUUUGAGCUCCAAGAAAGAUUGGAGUUUUGAUGACAGUGACAGUGACAAUGAAGAUUCUGAAAGUGCUGUUGUGAAAAAGUCCUCUGCUGCCUCGUAUGCCAAUGCUGAACGAUUGAAUGAAUUGAGAGACAAGAUUGAACAAUUAAAGGAAAAUGUAAAACAAGAACAAUUGGAUAAGGAACGUUUAAAGAGACGUGAAAUGGAGUUGGAAAAUGAACUUCAAAAGUUCAUGCAUGAUUUGAAACGUACUCAUUCAGAAAUUGAAGAAGUGAAAAUGGUUGCCAAACAAGAAAAGGAUUUGGAAUAUGAAGCUCGUCACAAGGUUGAAAUUGAAAAGUCCAAUUUGUACAAUGAAAAUCGCAAGUUACAAGAACAAAUUUCAGAUUUGGAAAGACAAUUGAGAGAUCAACAACAAGGAGAAAAGCAAUUGAAUAAGGAAAUUCAAAAAUUGCAAAGAACCAUUGAAAAGGUUCAAGCUGAGAAGAAUAGUGAAAUGGAAGAUAAACUUAGAUUGGAAGGUGACGUUUCUGAUUUGAAGAGACAAUUAGCAACUGUCACUUCUCAAUUCAAGACAGCUCAAACUGUUAGUACCAACAGUGAGCUUGAAUUGCAAUCACUCAAGAACUUCUUUGAAAAGGAAAAGAGAAAUAGAAAGUUACUCAAUCAAGAAAUUAAGGAACUCAAAGCUGAACGUGACUCAUUGCAUCAUGAAGUUGAAGAUGCUCGUGACCAAGUUCAUCGUCUCGAAUUACGUAUUAAGGAAGUUGAGUUGGAAAAGGAACAAGAAUCAAGAAAGUUAAAGGUUGAGCUUGAUGAACGAACUAAUAUUGACAAUCGUAUGAAGCAAAUUAGAAAGGAUAUUACUGAUAUGAAGUACAAGCUUGAACAAGAGAGACAAAACGUGCUCAAUGUUGAAAAUCAAAAGAGAAAGGUUGAAGAAGAUCUUGCUAGUGCCAAUGCCAAGAUUGAACAAUUGCAACAAGAAUUGAGCUCCAUGAAGAGAGAGGUUAAGAAGGCCGAUCGUGAAGUUCAAAAGGCUGAGAAGAAGGCUGAAGCUGAAGAACAACGUUCCAACGAAUUGAAGAUUCAACAAAAUCAAUUGCGUGACGAAAUUCGUCAAUGGAAAGAAAAACUCACAAAGGCUGAAUUUGAGACUGAUAAGGUCAAGAGAGAAAAGGAGAGUCUUGAAAGAACCAUUAGAGAGUUGGAGUUACAACUUUCAUUCAAGUCAAGCAGUUUUUAA